AUGAUGUCCAUCUUGGUUCACUUUGUUCACUUGUUUCAAAAGGAUGAGAUGAUUGCAAUUGACUUGGAGUUUCACCAAUGGCAAUUACAGUAUCAGAUAUCUACCACGUUUCUUUUACUUGUAAUUACGCCGACUUUGUACUAUUUGUACUGUAAGUAUGUAACUUCAUCUCCCAACGCGUAUAACAAGUUGGAAUCGCCUGUUAAUUUCACAAUUUCGAUUCCCGAGGAGGCUAGACCGAAUUGGAAGGGCAAAAGACUAUAUCCCAAGCCCAGUGUUGCGAUUGAAAAUGACGAUACAAAGAUACGAAGUUAUUGUCCUGCGACUGGCCAGAAUUUAGGAGUGUUUAAUGCCACAAGUAGAACAGAAAUGGAUGAGAUGAUUGCAAACGCAGCGAAAGCACAGGAAAAAUGGAGCAAGAGUCUGUUUUCCAUAAGAAGAAAGUUGCUUAAAAGUUUAGCCAAGUUCAUCCUUGAAAACCAGGAGAACAUUGCCCGCAUUGCAUGUAGAGAUUCAGGGAAAACAAAAUUGGACGCAUCCAUGGGUGAAAUAAUGGUUACUUUGGAGAAACUCAAUUGGAUAGUAGCUCACGGAGAAAAAGUCUUGAAGCCGAGCCAAAGACCCGGACCUUCUAAUUUUCUCUUGGGGUUGUUGAAAAAUGCAGAAGUAAGAUACGAACCAAUGGGUGUUGUUUCGUCAAUCAUCUCUUGGAACUAUCCUUUCCACAAUUUGAUGGGUCCUGUAAUUGCAGCUUUAUUUACUGGUAAUGCUAUAAUUGUGAAAUGUUCAGAAAAUGUUGUAUGGUCGAGUAAAUGGUUUAUUGAAAUGUGCCGCACUGCUUUAAGGAGCUUGGAUAUAGACCAAGACUUGAUUCAAUUAUGUUGUUGUUUUCCUAAAGAUGCAGACUAUUUCACAUCUCAUCCGGGCAUACGCCAUAUUACAUUCAUCGGCUCCAAACCCAUUGCGCACCAUGUAGUCACCAAUGCUGCAAAGGAACUUACACCUUGUGUUGUUGAAUUGGGUGGCAAGGAUGCAUUCAUUGUUUUAGACGAUGUCGAAGAUAUCGAUGCCAUAUCUUCGAUUAUCCUUAGAGGUACAUUUCAAAGUGCGGGACAAAACUGUAUAGGAAUUGAAAGGGUUAUUUGUAUGCCUCGGACUUAUGAUAAGAUGGUAACAUUGUUGACGGAACGUGUACCGCAACUCAGGGUAGGUUCCGAUAUUGAUCAAUUGGAUGAAAUAGAUAUGGGAGCAAUGAUUUCCGAUAAUAGAUUCAAGUAUUUUGAAGACCUCAUACAAGAUGCAGUUAAAAAAGGCGCUAAACUUGUAUGUGGAGGCAAACCAUACCAACAUCCCAACUAUCCUCAGGGUCAUUUUUUUGAACCAACAUUACUUAUUGAUGUGGAUCCAUCAAUGGAUGUGUUCAACCAAGAAGUGUUUGGCCCAAUAUUGACCAUGAUUAAAGCCGAGAGCAUCAACAAUGCAAUUGAGUUAGCUAACGCUUCAGAAUAUGGUUUGGGAAAUUCAAUAUUUGGCUCGAAUUAUAAGCAAUUGAACCAAUUGGCUAAUGAAUUGAAAAGUGGAAAUGUUGCUAUUAAUGACUUUGCCACGUAUUAUGUUGCACAAUUGCCAUUUGGUGGAGUUAAGAAAUCCGGAUACGGGAAAUUUGGAGGCGAGGAAGGUUUGCUUGGGUUGUGCAAUGCCAAAUCUGUGGUUAUGGAUAAACCCUUUUUCAGGAUGUUGGGAGUUGCCACAUCGAUUCCAAAACCAAUUGACUAUCCGAUAAAAGACGACAAGAAAGCAUGGGGGUUUGUACGGAGCUUAAAUAUCGCAGGUUACGAUGGAAGAAUUUGGGCUAAAGUAAAGGCGUUCAAGAGUCUCGCCAAAGGAGGUGCCUAA